AUGGAUGCGUUGAACAUCAUCAAGGCAUCGGUGAACACCUUGCGUUUGGCCGGUGGUGUUGUCGUCCUGUUUUCCCUUCCCAAUCUGCUGGCAUUCCUUGUAUGGUUUGCCAUCAGUUCUGCGGUUGAAAUUCUCGUCUACGCAGUGGUGACUUACCGGCUGCUUCCCGCGUUACGGCUUUGGCCAUAUUUCUCGCUGGCUUCAUUCAGGGACAUCUGGAAGUACUCGGUCGCGAUGAAUCUCAUUGCCCUGACUGCACUGGUGUUGAGCCAGGCAGACCGGCUGGCCGUGACCAAAUUUCUCAGCCUUGAAUAUCUGGGUUACUACUCCAUCGCGUACAACGCUUCCAUCGCAAUUUCGCUGGUACAAAGCGCCAUCAACAAUGCUUCUUUUCCCGCGUUUUCGCACUCAUUCAGCAGUGGCGAACAUGCUGAUCUUUUGUCGCGCUAUAACAAGGCAAGCCAGUUAAUGGGGCUUGUGGUGGCUUUGCCCUGUUUUGCGCUGGUUUUUUUCGGGCACGAGGUGCUUGCCGUCUGGAUCAAUGCGAAAGUCGCCGACGCGGCGGCUCUCACCAUGGCAUGGCUGGCGCUCGGUUUCUUUUUCAAUGCCAUCGUUUCAAAUGCCUACAUGGCGGCUGUUGCCUGCGGACAGCCGGGCCUGCCCCUGAAGGUCAACCUGGUGGCGCUGGUGGCCUAUCUUCCCGCUCUUUACUGGCUGGUUCAUCUUUUUGGAAUCAGCGGUGCUGCGGCAGCUUAUGCGGGGUUGAAUGCCUACUAUGUCUUCACGCUUGUACCGCUGGUCCAGGCACGCGUUCUCAAGCAAGGGUUUGGCUGGUGGCUGCGCGCCAACCUGUUUCCUUUUCUGUUGGCCGGGAUAGGCGCGUUUGGCGGUGCGAAAAUCCUUUCCAUGGCGUUUGCGCCGGGGUGGCUGUCUUUGGUCGCGCUGGGCGGCGGCGUGCUGGCUUAUGCCGCAGCCGCGUGGCUGCUGCUAUCCCGGCCUCUUCAGUCUGAUCUUAUUGGCGCAUUCAAGCGGGUUUUUUCAACAUGA